AAUUAAACCUAAAAGGGAAUCAGAAAUACCCAAUCUUGAGAUAUUACCUCUUCCAACUCAAACCUAUGUUCCGUUUGAUAAUAUGGAAGAUAGAUAUAAUGCAAGCACUAAUGAAAAAUGGCACGAAUUAGCUGGAACCUUGCUCUAUGACUAUCCAAAAAGAAAUAUCAUAACUGUAGAAGGCAAUUUUGGUGGUAAACCAACCCCAUCAAAACUUAACAGCAAUGAGUUUAUGGCAGGCA